CCGCGGCGACCCCUCAGUUUGGUGUGGCACUUGUGAGGGGCGAGAGCUGAUCUUCCCUCCCUGUACACUGUUACCACAACUACAACAACAACCAGCAUCACCACCCUCCAACCACCACCACAACCAAUACCUAUAACGCUUUUCCCUACACGGCUCUCUCUCCGUCCCCUUAAUUGGCACCUGUUGGCACUCCAUUGACCCCCCCCCUUGGCGGAGACAAGUGCCUCCCUGCUCCUGCACCUGAAGCUAUGUGCCCUCAGAGAUGGAUGAGCGUGGAUAAAGGAGCACAAUAGAUUCGUGAAGGUGGUGCAGGUGUAGUGACAUCACAGGCAGAUGAAUUGGCUGCAUAGUGAGUAGUGAGAGAGAGAGAAUAGUGUGAGUGAGAGAGAAGAUUGGACGCCGGCAGCAACAGCCAUGAAGAUCACACUCAUCAACUUGCUGUGUGUGUUCUGUUGGUGUUCCCUGCAGAUCUUGGCCCUCCCGGACACCAUACUCAUCGGAGGGAUCUUCGAUGACCGGGACGACGUGCAGGAGAUGGCCUUCAGGUAUGCAGUUGAGAAAAUCAACAUGGACACUAGAACCCUCCCGAGAUCCAAGCUCAGCGCCCAGAUCGAGAGAAUACCUGCAGACGACUCCUUCAGGGCCUCCAAGCAAGUGUGUAAGCUGCUGCGGUCCGGGGUGGCGGCCAUCUUUGGUCCCAACAGCGAGAACACCGCCAACCAUGUGCAGUCCAUCUGCGACGCCAUGGAGGUCCCCCACAUCGAGACCCGCUGGGACUACAAGCUCACGAGGGACGCCUACUCCCUCAACCUCUAUCCCUAUCCGCCGUCCCUCAGCCGAGCCUACUAUGACAUACUGAUGCAGCUCAAGUGGAAGAACUUCGUGGUUCUCUACGACAGUAACGAAGGCUUAGUGCGGCUCCAGACUCUUCUUAAGGAGAAGAGUUGGACAGUCACCGUCCGCCAGCUCCCAGAUGGCACUGACUUCAGACCGCUGCUGAAGGAGAUCCGACGGUUCCAGGCGACGCACAUCGUGCUGGACGUGAGUCAGGACAAGAUACACUCAGUGCUCCGCCAGGCGGCCCAGAUCGGUCUCAUGCGGGAGUAUCACAACUACUUCAUCACCUCCCUGGACUUCAACCAGGUGGACCUGGAGGACUUCCGGUACGGGGGCACCAACAUCACCGGGGUGCAGGUGAUCGACCCGCACACGCCCGACAUCAAGGAGGUGGUGGAGAAGUGGAAGUUUGGGGAACUACGCUACGGCCGCACUCUCUCCGAUCGCUUCACGAAAGUCACGACUGAGGCGGCACUGAUGUACGAUGCCGUCUACCUCUUCGCCAAGGCGCUGGAUGACCUCGACAACUCUAAAGAGAUCAACAUAGAUCGGCUGUACUGCGAGGGCGACAAGGCCUGGCAACAUGGCAACUCGCUCAUCAACUUCAUGAAAUGGUACGGCUCCCGGCCCCACACGAACAGCAAUGACGGCAGGCGGGGCGGAAUGUACACUCUCGAAAGGAACUACACCCACUUCAGUCAAGUUCAGGCCUCAGGCCUCACGGGACCUAUCAAGUUCGACACGGCCGGCUUCAGGUCCGAAUUCCAGCUGGACAUUCUCGAGAUGGACCAGAAGGAGACACUGAAGAAGGUGGGCACGUGGACGAAAUAUGGGGGUGCCAACUACACUAGGACCUGGGCGGAGUUGGUUGACGCCAUGGAACUUAAUCUCCAGAACAGGACCCUUAUCGUCUCCACAGCUCUGACGCCGCCCUACACCAUGCGCACGGAGAGCUCCGAACUCCUCCAUGGCAACGCGCGCUUCGAGGGCUUCUGCGUCGACCUUAUCCACGAGAUCGCCGCCAUCCGGGGCUUCAACUACACCUUCCAGCUGGUGGCGGACGGGGCGUACGGCAGCAAGAACAGAGAGACGGGAGAGUGGGACGGCAUCGUCAGGGAGCUCCUCGACCAUAAAGCUGACCUGGGCAUCGUGGACUUCACCAUCACGUACGAGCGAGAGGAAGCCGUAGACUUCAGUAUGCCUUUUAUGAACUUGGGUAUUAGCAUCGUGUAUAAGAAGGCGCAGAAGAAAUCCCCGAGUCUGUUCUCCUUCAUGUCUCCGUUUUCUGUUGAUGUUUGGAUCUAUAUGGCUACUGCUUACCUUGGUGUUUCUGUUCUCCUGUUCAUCCUCGCCAGGAUCGCGCCCAACGAGUGGGACAAUCCUCACCCGUGCAUCCAGGAUCCGGAUGAGCUCGAGAACACCAUCAGUCUGAGCAAUGCCUUCUGGUUUACGAUCGGUUCUCUCAUGCAGCAAGGGUCUGACAUUGCCCCAAAGGCCGUGUCGACACGCAUCGUGGCGGGCAUCUGGUGGUUCUUCACCCUGAUCAUGAUCUCCUCCUACACGGCCAACCUGGCCGCCUUCCUCACCGUCGAGAGGAUGGACUCCCCCAUCGAGAGCGCUGAGGACCUCGCCAAGCAGACCAAGAUCAAGUACGGCUGCAAGCAGGGCGGCUCCACCUACGCCUUCUUCAGGGACAGCAGUAUUCCCACCUACCAGAGGAUGUGGUCGGCCAUGUCGAGCGCGCGGCCCUCGGUCUUCACCGUCAGUAACGACGCCGGCGUGGAGAGGGUGGCGAAGGCUGAUGGCCAGUACGCCUUCCUUAUGGAGUCCUCCUCCAUCGAGUACGAGGUGGAGCGCAAGUGUGAUCUUACGCAGGUGGGCGGACUCCUUGACUCCAAGAGCUACGGCAUCGCUCUGCCUCCAAAUUCCCCGUACACGAGCUCCAUCAGUUCCGCCGUCUUGAAGCUGAAGGAGGACGGCAAGCUGCACAUGUUAAAGAACAAGUGGUGGAAAGAGCGGAAAGGAGGAGGGCGUUGUCAGCGGGAGGCGUCCUCGACGAAGACGAGUGGGGCGGCCGAGCUGGGACUGGCCAACGUGGGCGGCGUCUUCGUUGUGUUGUUGGGAGGCAUGGGCAUCGCUGCCUUUAUGGCCGUCUGCGAGUUCAUGUGGAACGCCAGAGAGCUGGCCACUGACGAGAGUGCGUCGUUCUGUGACGAGCUGAGCAAUGAGGUCAAGUUCAUCAUCAAAUGCUCUGGCAACACCAAGCCCGUGAGGAAGAGGGCCCCGUCCACGCCCGAGGAGCCGCUCUUCACCUAUGGCUCCUAUGGCGCCAAUUAUGGCUACUCGCAAAGGAAGUGAUCUCCGUUGACGACGCCCGUCACCACUCCACUCACGUCGUCGACUUGAGGCGUCACGACACCUUCACGAUCGGCUCCAGGUCGUUCAGAUGAGAAUUCGUUGUGUUCAAUAAAGAUGUCGAUUCGAACGAUCAACUGUAAAAUCUGAUGUUUACCGAGCGACGAGGACGGUUGUCGGCUGUGGCGUCUUCUGCUCGUUUCAGGUCGGCGAGUGUAACGGCCCGAGGAUGACACUCUAAAAUACUUUAUUCAGUGUUUGACGGUCAAUCAUAUAAGAAGAAAAUAAAAAGACACUGACCCAUUCCUGCUUGAGGACAUUUCCACCACAAAAUUAAAAAUUAAUUAACUGGUCACAAAUCUUUUACAGAACAGAGAGCGAGCGCACUCAGAGGGCUCCUCGACUCACUAGCGACGUUCUCAUGUCAGGGCUGCCGUAGAUAGUACACUAAGUCACCACUAGAGUGUAACAGCGCUUACCCACUCCGGAGAACGAGAGAGAACGGAAUUCGAGUACUCUUCGCCUCCGUUCUCUCUUGUCUUCCAUCUCUUUGUUAACAGAACGCGGCCGCUUCCUCUUAAUGUCUAGAGAACACAGAGCUCUGAAAAUUACGUUUGGAUAGAAUGCGGCUUCGCCAUAUAGAGGAACAAAUAGCCAGGACCAUAACUGUUGUCAACAGUCUUUAUAUAUGUAUAUAUAUAUUAUUUUAUUAUCCCCUCAGUUGCAUGGGCGACUAAUUACCUUACAGCCGCCACUCAGCAAUGGACCAUUAGCGUAAAAAUAAGAGUUUUGAAACCAAAACAAGUAAUCACAUGUUAUCCAAAGGAAAUUGUCAAACCGCGCAUGAGUUAUAACCUGUGAAAGGGAAUUGCAUUGAGACGAGAUGUCAGCAGAUUGGAUUUUUUUUGCUCUGAAACAAGGACACAUUGACAGGUGGUAGUACACACAAGCAGAGGUGCCAGACGCAUGAUGCAUAUAAACCGCAUGGCCACGCAUCACAAUCAUUAUUAACACCAUUCAUUACCAUCUUUUGUGUUUGAAGAAGCAUUUAAUUUGUAUGAAAACAGGAAUAUUGCAAUUGUGGAAUCUACAGCAGGGGAACCCCAUAAUCUAACAGUAGACAGUUGAGGCUCCCAGCUGACUGAUAAUUUGGUCUACUUGUCGAAUGAAGAAAUGUUAGCAUUGGUAAUGAUGAUGAUAAUUAUGAUAAUGAUGGACGUAUUGCAUGAUAACUCAACCACCACCAACAAUAUGGGUGAAUCAAAUAUUACCUCCACCCCCCGGAGCUGCCUCGUAUGGGCCAAUAGGCCUUCUGCAGUUACCUUUGUUCUUAUGUUCUUAUGUUUUUAUCUCCCUAUUUCCCUCCCUCCCAUUCCCCUAUUAUUUUAGUACCGCCCGACACGUCCAAUCUCUGAUGUAACUACAACAACUCAUUGCAUGAACUUCCGAAUUAAACAGUAUAUCCAAAAUUUCUAAACUUUGUUCCAGGUAGGUACAAUACUCCUUUUUUUAUAUGAGAUCAACGUGAAGAUCUUCCAGGGUUCCUUGAGUGUGUCUAUUAAUAAGAUCUUCCAGGGUUGUGUAAAUGUAUUAGUCCAGCCCUCCUGGAAAACUGGUCCCGGGUCUUGAAGACUGAAGACUCUAAAUGGUCUUUCUGGACGGUGUUCUCGAGAGGCCACGGGGGGUGAUAGUCUACAAUGGUCUACAAGAGGGUAGACGCCUCAACUGAGGGGAUUCUAGUUUAAGGCUGGGCUUCGGAGGACUAGUCUGAGGUAGUUCAAAAAGGGUUAGGAAAUAGUGAAGAUUCAGGUAUUUAUGGUAAUGCUUACACACACACACUCACACACAGGUGAGUACUAGGUGAGUAUACACACACACACACUCUCACUCACACAAACACACACACCACGCAAGUCUAAGAACAGGCCUUUACAUAACAGUAAUUCCAGAAAGGACUGAAACUUGAAGUUCCUUCAUAGUUAAAUUUCAGGCUAUGCGGAGUAUUGU